UUGAAUUAAAAGUGGUUUAAUUAUUAAAUUAAAAACACAAUAUAGAGAGAGAGAGCGCAAUAAUCUAUGUGGCAUUGUAACACACGGUAAAAGUAAAUAGUGAAUGCCACGUCAGCUAUAGAGAGUAAAUCUCCUCGACGAAAGUUGAGUCAUACAGUGUGUACGUCACAACUUCCACAUGCCUACCUCAAGUUUUACUGUUUCAUAACAAUUUAACAAAAUACCCUUCAUUUCAGCUCACAUUUACGAUCUCACUCCAGCUUUUUCAUUCAUCCGAGUGAGGCUAUUAUCGGCAUUUCACAGAGCAGUUUGAGUCCUUUAAAUCUCAACAGAAAUCAGUAAAGAACUCGCACAUUCUUCGAUCAAUUUUAGCAGCAUGGCUCGGAAUCUCAUAUUUUUUCUCCUUCUCUUCUCCUUCUGUACUUCAUCAUUUUCCGAUUCAAUUCCAUCGCCCAAUUCCCAAUGCGAAGCUCAGCUUCAACAAGGCUGCCAUGACAGAGCCAAGUCCCUCAAACUCAAGCUCAUCGCCAUCGCUUCCAUUUUAGUCGCGAGCAUGAUCGGCGUUAGUCUUCCCCUCUUCUCCCGCACCGUGCCGGUGCUUCAACCAGAUGGAAAUCCCUUCGCAAUCGUUAAGGCAUUUGCCUCUGGCGUGAUUCUAGCCACUGGAUAUAUGCAUGUUCUCCCUGAUUCCUUCGAUUGCUUGACAUCCCCCUGUUUGCCGGAAAAUCCAUGGCGGAAAUUCCCUUUCUCCACAUUCAUAGCAAUGCUUUCGGCUGUUACGACUUUAAUGUUGGACUCGUUUUCGAUGAGUCGUUACAAUAAACAGUUGAUGCAGGAUCAAUCAGCGGAAGAGGAGGAGAUCAAGAACGAGGACAGCAAGGAAAUCAGUGAAAAUUUGGGGAAAGAAGAAGGAAUCGAUACAAAACUUGGUCUGCAAUUGCUACGGCACCGUGUUACUGCGCAAUUAUUAGAAGCGGGGAUCGUUGUGCAUUCGGUGGUAAUUGGGCUUUCAAUGGGGGCUUCGGAGAAUCCGUGCACCAUAAGGCCGCUCAUCGCUGCUCUGUGCUUUCAUCAGCUGUUUGAAGGGAUGGGGCUUGGAGGGUGCAUUUUGCAAGCGGAAUAUAGGUGGAAGAUGAAGGCGAUAAUGGUGUUUUUCUUCUCGGUUACGACGCCGUUUGGUAUAGUACUGGGGAUUGGGUUGUCGAAUGUGUACAGUGAGAAUAGUCCCACGGCUCUUAUAGUAGUGGGGAUUUUGAAUGCUUUAUCUGCUGGGUUGCUGAAUUAUAUGGCAUUGGUUGAUUUGUUGGCGUAUGAUUUCAUGGGGCCUAAGUUGCAAGCCAAUCUCAAGCUGCAUAUAUGGGCUUAUGUUGCGGUUUUAUUGGGCGUUGGUGGCAUGUCUUUGAUGGCAAAAUGGGCUUAGUUUUGGGAGAACAGGAGGAGUUAGAGUGAUUUCUUUUUUCUUUUUCUUUUUUUUUUGGUUAUAUAUUGUUUUAUUCUUUUUAUUUUUUAUGUGAGUAGUGUUUUGAUUCUUUUCCCCUGAAGGGAGUUUUGAAGAUUAUUGGUUAG